CCAAGUUGUCAGUCGAGCCACACGUCCCUCCCCUUACCUUCCAAAUGCGGGGGAUGAGGCUGCGCCGUGUCGGUCACGUGACGCCGCUGUCCGGUGUGUCUUCGCCGGGCAACCGUCCUAGAGACUGACAACACCGUCUGCCGCGGCAUGAACGUGAUCUACCCUCUGGCGGUGCCCAAGGGGCGCCGGCUCUGCUGUGAGGUGUGCGAAGCCCCGGCCGAGCGGGUGUGCGGGGCCUGCACAGUCACUUACUACUGUGGUGUGGCCCAUCAAAGAGCUGACUGGGGCAGCAUCCACGAGAAGAUCUGUCAGCUCCUGAUUCCCCUGCGCACCUCCAUGCCCUUCUGCAACUCGGAGGAAGAGCGGCAGCACGGCCUGCAGCAGCUGCAGCAGCGGCAGAAGCAUUUGAUUGAACUCUGCUACACCGUUGCCCAGAAAUACAUCUUUGAAGGAAAACAUGAAGAUGCUGUCCCAGCAGCUUUGCACUCUCUUCGCUUUCGCAUGAAUGUGCACGGCCUGAGUUCAGUUGAGCUGGUGCCUGCUUACUUGCUGUUGGCCGAAGCCAGCCUUGGUCUGGGCCGGGUCGUCCAGGCUGAGGAAUAUCUAUCCCAAGCUCAGUGGACAGUCCUCAAAUCAACCGAAUGUAGUUAUGCCAUCCACUCCUUACUGCAUCGGAACCUGGGACUUCUCUACAUGGCUAAGGAAAACUACGAGGAAGCCCGCUAUCAUCUGGCCAAUGACAUUUAUUUUGCCAGUUGUGCAUUUGGAACGGAGCACAUCAGGGCCUCAGGCGGCUACUUCCACCUGGCUAAUAUCUUCAAUGGCCUUAAAAAGCUGGACCUGGCAGACACAUUGUACACCAAGGUCUCUGAGAUCUGGAACAAAUAUUUGAACGACCGCUAUCAAGUCCUCUCACAGGCUCGCAUCCAGCAAAUAGAUCUACUGGGCAAACGAUUUGAGACUGACACUGGCUUGGAUGAAGCCCAGGAAGCAGAAGCUAUUCAGAUCCUGACUUCAAUCUUGAACAUUCGAGAAACUACAUCUAACAAAGCCCCUCAGAAAACGAUCUUUGUUCUCAAAAUUCUGUUCAUGCUUUACUUCCUGAUGAUGAAUUCUUCAAAGGCAAAGGAAUAUGCCUUGAGAGCCCUCCAUCUAGCCAAAAUACAGGAGCUCAGUGCUCAGGAACAAAACACCAUUCAAGACUUACUAAAUCUCAUCUCAGUUGAGGAAGCUCAACCCAUUACUUAGUGACCCAUGAGCUCCGCAUCAGGGACGACUGAGCAUCUCAUGUAUUUCAGCCUUGCAUAGGGGCAGUGAGGUGCUAUGAAUUGCUGAAGUACCUACCCCGUUCCCCUGGGACUGCCCUCAUAGCUGUGUUUUUAUUGUUAUACAACAUAUGUUGGGGGAAUGUAGAGCUUUUGGCACAGAGAUCAGUAAAACUCUUGUUUAUUAUGACUUUGUACGACUUUGAAUAAUGUGCUGUCAGUUCACUAACAAGGUAUCCGUAA